AUGCAAAGGCGUAUAUAUGGUCAUGCAACGGAUGUUGAGAUUCACCCUUUGAAUGAGGAAAAAGCUGUUCAAGCUGCUGUAGACCUUAUUGGAGAACUCUUUGUCUUCUCGGUUGCAGGUCUUCUCUUGAUCUUUGGGGUACAAAGAAGUGCUAGAUCUGAAGCACGGAAGGAGGAGCUACGAAAAAAAGAUCUAGAGGCUAUGAGGCAAAGAAAUGAUGAAUUGGCAGAAGAAGUAGAACUUCUUAAGCAUAGAUUUGAAGAACUGGAACAGCUUGCUCGGGGACGUGGACUCACUGGCAUUCUAAAUUUCAAAAACAUCAUUAGUAGUAAGGAACAUGGAAAGACAGAGAAAACGGCUUGA